AGAUUGAACCACGUGCAAGAUAGUUGGGAUGUGCGGCAGAAAAAUGACUCAGGAAAACCAAGAGGAAGGCAGUUUAAAUCAGCUUGGGGGAAGGUUUCUGAAUGGCCGUCCUCUGCCUGCACAUAAAAGGAAGCUGAUGAUAGAGCUGGCUUCAGAAGGUGUGCGUCCAUGUGACAUAUCUAGGAUUCUCAAGGUGUCAAGUGGAUGCGUCAGCAAGAUCUUACGCUGGUAUCGAUCCACUGGCCUUUGGGUCCCCAAAGCCACCGGAGGCAGCAGACCAAGGCUCCUCACCCCUGAUGUGGUCUCUACUAUAGCAGAGUACAAGCGUACCAGUCCGACACUUCCUGCAUGGGAGAUCCGCAAGAAGCUUUCAUUAGAGCAAGUGUGCCAUGCUGACAAAAUUCCUAGUGUGUCUUCUAUUAACCGCAUUCUAAAGAAGAUUCAGCAUGACUGGAACAUGGAAAAGCACACAUAUGAAGGUUUGGCAGAGCCACAUGCCCUGGAAAGCACAAUGUUUCCCAUAUCUCUGCCACCAAACUGGAUCUCUCAGAGGAAGCCACCUCCAGCAGUCAGCUGUUCAAACAACAUUGGUUCAUUGGUUCAUCAAACAAGAAUUUCUUCUUCUCUGGUUCAUAAUAGUGGAGCAAACAGUCACUGCAUCUCAGACAUGACAGCUGGUUUUCUAUUGGCACAUCAGAGCAAGGAGGAAGCUACAAACAGGACAACUUAUUUUACAGGAUUUGCUGCACAUCCUGCAUUCAAUGGACACUAUAUUUGAUUAGAAGGGUUGAUACCGUGUGUAUGAGCAAAGGAGGUAAAUUAUAGAAUUGAAUGAGUCCUUUACAUGGGAAGGGUUCAGGUAGGCUUAUGUAACAGCAGAGGGCAGCAGAGCAAAUAAAUAACAGCUACAUUUCAAAUGAAGUUUCCAGUCGACAGUAUUGUAGAACUACAGUACACAGAAUUACAGAGUAGUGGAUGGCAUACCUUAAUUCUGUAAAUUAUUCAUUCUUGUCAUUUAUCCUUAUUAUUGGUGCUAUUAGCAAUUUGUGGUUCUCCUUUUAGAAG